CGGGGCGGUGCGUGGGAGAGGGGCCGCCGCCUGACGCUCGGGGACUUCUCUUCCGAGUGGUUUUGACCAGCAAGCCAAGAAGAGGGGGCUUGGAAACUUUUUUUUUCCUGGCUGAAAGGAUGCAAACUGAGUAAGUACAUAGAACUUUGAACUGGAAACCAAGACAAGCAACACCCAGACACGAACCACGUCCAUUCCAAGGGCUGACUCCCUUUUUGUGGUAAAAGCCGUGAAUGCUGAUGGCCAGGUGGUCAUUUAAAACUGAAUGAAGGCAAGCGGUGACGAAACGCAAAGGGCUGGCAAGCCGGGACUGUUUGAAAACCGGAGGGAGAAGGAGGAACUGCUGGGGCGACCUGGCCUGUCUCCAGCUGGGCGACGGGCGCUUGGGGCUUUAACCGACUGCGUCGUUCAGUGCAGACUCCAGAUUGACUUUGGCGUCGGCGGCCCCGUUCCCGCAGAGCCCAGGCAGAGGCGGACUCCCUCGCUGCGAGGCUAAGGAUGUCGUGAAAAGAAGGCAUUCCCGGAAGCAAGACUUUGGCAGCUGGGAUGCCCUCGGCUGGUUAGUGACGGCUCUCCUGGCGUUGGCAUCUUUUUACAGCUCAGGGCAGCCGCUUUUCGACUGUCGCCCGUGGCAGGGCUCUCAUGACCCACCUCAGCCUUGUGGGCCCUGCGAUUGCUCCUUGGCAUGACCCGUCGGAAAGUCGCUAAGCGGGGAUGGAGCGCACUUGAGCGCAGUUGUGGAAAAAAGAAGACAGAUUGGGACUUUUCAUGCUGACAGAGAGUAGCUGCUAUGACUUUUCCGGCAACGUGGACAGGGGCCAAGUGAAGCUGAACUGGACAUGGUCUGUCGCCCAGUGUUCCUGUGUCGUCGGCGAUUCUGGCCCCGGCCCUUCCUGGUGGGCUUGGUGGUGGCGAUCUGCCUGUUCUUCCAGACCCUGCCGCUCCGAGGCACCGGGCGGCUCACGGCUGCGGUCCCCGCGGCCGCCCCGCAAGCGCCCGCAGAAACGCAGGCCGGCCGGUGCAGGAAGGGACACCCCCCGGACCAGCAGUGCUUCCUUCCGUCGGGCAGCGCACGGGAAAUCAGAAAGAUCCAAGAGGCUAUUGAAACACACUUUGGCAGUCAUGGCAGAAGGGCCGUGCUCUACCAGCCUCCUUCCUACAGCCAAGCCGAGCUGCAGGUUUACCAACGCAUCCUCACUCAGCAUCACUACACAGCUGUCGUUGCUGAAGGAAGGCUCGCUGCUGGCCCGGGGCAGGGGCUGCUACACCAAGGUGAUUUGGGCCCUUGGGAUCUGCUCAUUUGCCUGUCUUCUAGGGAAGCAGAAGAAAACCCUUGCAUAUCCAAGGAGGACAUGUGCCGGCUAGGUACUCAUCAAAAGGUAAACAUAAUACCAGAAAUACAGCAUCAGCUUUGCAGGAAGGAAGGAUUAUGUCAAAUAAUUAGAAGAUUUCCAGAAUUGCGACUUCCAGUGAGUCCCUCUGUGUGUCUGGCUCAGGAAAUACAAUUACAACCAAAUACUUCAAGGCACCUUUUAAAACCAGUGAAGCCACAUAUGUGGAAACUAUGGGGCUGGAGGCAAGAACUACUGAAUCAAACAAGAGUCCUUGCUCCACACGAAACAACCUUUCAAGCUGAAGAUCUCUCCAUGAUUCUUAAAGCAUAUGUGUUAGUGACAUCCUUAACCCCUUUGCGUGCAUUCAUUCAUUCAACUGGCACAGUUUGGAAUCCACCAAAGAGAAAGCGCUUCACUGUCAAGCUGCAAACAUUUUUUGAGACAUUCCUGAGGGCCAGUUCCCCUCUGCAGGCUUUUGAUAACAUGAAGGAAGUAAUUACCAAACUGUUGCUGGCAGCUGAAGUGUUCAGUGAAGCAUCUACUCUGGGACCAAAGACCUUCAAUAGAUGCAGAUUAUGUUUUCAACUCUUAACUUUUGACAUCGGGUAUGACAGUUUCAGGCACCCUCUAGUACUCCAGGUUCAUGAACAUUUAAAUUUUCAAGAUGAUGACAGUGUGGAAUUUGAGGACCAAAACACAGAAGAAUUCCUUCUAAAAGAUACUUUCAAUUUUCUCUUCCCCAAUGAAUCUUCGCUUUCUGCAUUUUCUGAGAUAUUUCAGAAACUUUAUAGAUCAGGUAUAUUUAAGGGUGAAAACUAUCAAAAGGAACUAAAUCAAUGCCUGCCUAUAGAGGAAAUUAAUUCAAUUAUGACUUUCAUAGAAGAGCUUGGAGGUCUGGGACAAUUCCAACUGCUCUUCCCAUCUACUACUCCUGGGAUUCAAUCUGUGAUGCAUGAAUUUUAUGCUAUGGAGAGUCCUAUGGGGAAACCUGGCUCGGUUUUGACUCAAUACUGGUCCCUCUUAAAUGCACUUGAACAGUUUCGGCUCAUGAAUAAAAAGACGCAGCUACUUCCACUGGAAUGGAAUACUUUUGCAGAGAAUGAGAACAUUGAAAAACCACAAGUGCUGUUGGAUACAAUUGAAAAUAAAAAAGUGCUACAAAUUAUUAAUGAAGAUAAAGAAAUCCAUUGCAAUAAUGAUAAAGAGACUCUAUGUUACAUCAAGCAGAUCUUCACACUUCCACAUUUGGAACUAAAUCCUGAAUUUAAUCCAAAGAUCAAAGAUUAUUACUCAGAAGUCCCAUUUGAUGUGGUAACAGUGACAAUUGGAGCAGAGACUUCUAAGUGUCAGUGCAAGGUGCACCUGCAUGAGCGGGCAGGGCCAAGCUUUGCCAAGUACCCUCUGGGCUUAGGAAUGAACAAAAUCUCCAUGCUUGUGGUAGAUGAAACUCCAGCACAGGGUGCGACCCUGAUCACAUACAAACUCACCAUCUAUAGAGAAGACCGCCCAAGUCUGCCCUUGUUUGAGGACUUCACAGCAUGUGGUUUUGUACAGGACUGUGGUUUGCUGAUUCAUCCAGAGGAAACCUGUGGGUUACAGCCCAUUUCUUCUGACUACAUUGAAGCCAUUUCACAGCCUGAAUUAAAGAGUUGUCCAUCUGGGGACACAAAAGGCCAGUGGAUUGUGCCUUGCCUUAGUUGUUCUGACAACAGGACCUGUGACUGGAGAGAAAUAACUUGGCAGCCUCACAACUGCCAACAUGGUAUCCUCAUGAAGCCCCAACUCCAGCAGUGCCUACAAGGAAGGAAGAUCCUUUUCAUUGGAGAUUCAACCAACAGAGGCAUCAUGUACUAUCUGAUUGAAAGAGUGAAUGAAACAUUGCAGGAAUGGCAGAAAGUGCAUGGCACUAAAUUGUAUCACAAUGUCAACAGUGGGAAGACGUUGAUCAGUUACUCCUACUACCCUCAGUUCUGGAUAAGCCCUUCAUUGAGACCAACAUUUGAAAAAGCACUUGAACAUCUCUUGCAAAGAUCACGUCCCCUGGAGAAUACUGGCCAGACUGUAUUGGUUGUUGGUGGUGUUCAGUGGCUUAAUUCCAAUCACCUGCAAAUUAUUCACAAGGUUUUGAAGAGGGAAAAUUUACUCAAUAUCCUAGUGAUCAUCAAAACUCUGGGAAUUGGAUUUCAUCUGCCAGUGGAUGGGGUGCAUUUCUUAACACAGGGUGAAGUACAGAACCUGUGGAAAGAAAAUUUGAUUAUUCUGGAUGCUGCAAAAAAAUAUGGCUAUGAAGUAGUUGACACAUUCACUAUAACAAUGGGGCGAUACAAAGAGUUUCUACAGGGGAACUGUGGAUGCCAUUUCCAUGAGGUAGUGAAAUCAAAAUUAUCCCAAGAAUAUCAUUUUAUUAAAAUGAAAAGAUCAAGGAAUCAUAUUGUGGGAAAAUAUUUCAGCAAUCAAAGCAAACUGCAACAACAAGAGUCUGUGACAAAUUUUCAGUCACCAUAUCAUGUCCGAGGUCCGAUAAACCAGGUUUGUUCUGAAAUCCUUAUCAGCAGGAUGUGUGUGCGUACAAGGACAGUGUAGGUGUCCUCCUGCAGAACUGCAUUUGGAGUUGGAGAUAAGCCACGCACCUGGAUGAUGGUCUAAGGACCCACAUUAUGUAUCACCAGUAUUUUGGGUUGACCACAUACACCUACCUGUGCACACCGGCACAUACAUGCACACCACUUAGCUAAAAGGAAGUAAUGAUAACAUUUUCCACCGGUUGUUUUACAGUCAAGAUGCAAACUUGAACAUGAGUUGCUUUCAGGGUGAAUGAUAGAGCUAGAAAAGGGUUACUUGAAUUAUAAUCAUAGACUAAGAUCACUAUGGAUCAGGGAUCGCAUGGUGACCAUAAAGAGAAAUAUGGACAUUUGAAUUAUGUGGAAAAGGGGAUAAUGUUCUUCUGUACUGGGUUAUCUUCUGGAAAGGUACAUUAGUAUUGAAAAGGCAGCACUGACAUUCCACCUGCAAAGUAGGGUUGCACUUGUCUUCUCUAUGAUGACUUAGGCUUUGUGAAUCUAAUGCUUGUGAAAAACGUGUCUUCUUUGAAAAUUUUAUGAUUAGAAAGAAAGGAACAGGAAUUCUCCACAAGGGAGCUGGAAAAGAUUCUGUAAGAGGGAUAGGAGGUGAAGUAUUUUACAGUUCAAACACCCUUUGCACUCUUUGUGUUUUUUAUAAACAUUCCCUUCUGUCUUGUCCGUGAACUUGGAUGGUUAACUGCAGUCUAAACUGAUAAAAACAUACUUGUUUAAAAAGAGAGGAACAAAACAUAGUUCCUCACUUAUUACUUUAGUAUGUUUCAUUGAUAAUGAACUUAAGAAAAUUUUUGUUUGCCAUGAUAGACCAAGUAAUUUAAAUUACAAUGACAUUUUAUGUAAAUAUUUUCCAAAUAUUAUGUAUUUUCAAGUGCACAGUCAUAAAGCAUUUGUUUAUGUCCACAAAUAGUACCAUGCUACUAUAUUUUGAUUUCCUGAGAAACUGUAUCUAAUUCAGACUUAGUGUAGUCAUAAGAUAAUUUUUUAUUAAAAUGGUGGCAUACAUAUAAAACAGACCCAAUUCUAGUAUUGGGGGCAUUCUCUUCUAAAUUUAUAGGUUCAAAUGGUAAAUUUAUUUUUUACACAAAUACUUUGUUGUAAGAUAACAACUCUUAGUCACAGUGGCUCUUAAAGGAUUAUUUUCCCUUUUCGAAAAAGUAACUGAGACAACUUAACUGAAAUAAUUAAAUGUGCAAAUACCUCUAUUUCAUUACUAUGCCAAAAAUAAAACCACCCCUUUUUGAUUGAUCAGUGCUCUGGUAUGAAUACCCACUACUUUUAAAUACUCUAUUUUUAUACAUAUUUUUAUAUGAAGAUCAAUAAGAAUUUAUAUUUAACUGCCUUAAAUUAUAUUUAAAUGCAAAUAUCACUCUUAUAAACAAUACACCUAUGCAGAUUAUAGGUUUACAGAUGAUAGUUUCUUUUUUUUUUUUUAGGAAUGGUACAGAAUUAACUUUUAAAAUGAAGGAUUUUUAGUGUCUUCACCUACAUGCAAGCAUCAUUUUUUAAGUUUUCAGUGAUAAUUUUAAAUGAUAAAAAGUGUUAGCAAUGUGUGCAGCAUCUCCUUGCUGUUGGAAGGUAUUGAAUAUUCUGUAACAGUAUUACAGACAUCUUAUGUUUCUUGUGUUUACUCUUAGUCUGUAAGAACCUCUCAUUGAGGUUCCUCAGGCAUUUACCUCUUCACCAUUGAAAUAAGAAUGGAUUUUAGAAACAAGUGUAAUAACAUUAUGAAUAAAUGUCGUACCAGUAU